ACACACACACCCACUCCCACCUACCCACCGCCCACCCGCAUCCGCACCCGCAUCCGCAUCCCCAGGCGCAUCCCUCCCUGCCCGCCAUGCAGCAGCACCACCUGCAACAGCAGCAGCAGCAGCAGCAGCAACAACAGCAGCAGCAACAGCAACAACAGCAGCAGGAGCAGCAGCAUCUGCAGGAGCAGCAACAUCUGCAGCAACUGCAUCACCAUGCCCACCACCACCUGCCUCAGCCUCUGCACACCACCAGCCAUCACCACAGCGCGCAUCCCCACCUGCAACAGCAGCAACAGCAGCAACAGCAACAACAGCAACAGCAGCAACAUGCAGUGGUCCCCUCCUCGCCGAACUCUCUGCUCCAGCAGCAGCAACAGCAGUCAACUCCCACCACACAUUCCACGCCCACGCAUGCGGUCAUGUACGAGGAUCCUCCGCCUGUGCCAAUUGUCGCCGUGCAGCAGCAACUUCUUCCCGCUCCGCAACAGCAGCAGCAACUCCAGCAGCAGCAGCAACAACAGCUGGCGACAACACCGGUGGCCGGCGCCCUCAGUCCCUCCCAAACACCCACUGGACCCUCCGCCCAGCAGCAACAACAACAGCAGCAACAUCUCACAUCGCCCCACCAUCAGCAACUGCCGCAGCAGCAACAGACCCCGAAUAGUGUUGCCAGUGGCGCCUCCGCGAAUCUCCAGCAGCAGCAACAGCAGAAUGCUGCAGUUGCUCCUGGCCAGACGCAGAUCGUUGCGCCGACCACGGCGAGUGUUUCUCCCUCCAGUGUUAGUUCUCAGAAGGAAGACAUCAAUAUGUCCAUCCAAUUAGCGCCACUGCACAUACCAGCCAUCCGGCCAGGCCCGGGAUUCGAGACGGACACCUCGGCGGCGGUCAAGCGGCACCCGGCACACUGGACCUACAACGAUGACGGCUUCAACCAGUAUCACGCCUCCGCGUCGGGGUACUACGACCGCAAGCACAUGUUCCCCUACCCCUAUCCAGACACCCAGUUUCCGGUAAGUCAGUACUGGACCCAAGGCUACCGCGCCGAUCAGACCACCUCCGCCGCGGCGGCAGUGGCCUACAUGAACGAUGCCGAGCGCCACGUCAGCGCCGCGGCCCGCCAGUCCGUCGAGGGCACAUCGACGUCCAGCUACGAGCCGCCCACCUACUCCUCGCCGGGCGGACUUCGCGGCUAUCCCAGCGAGAACUACUCCAGCUCAGGAGCCUCCGGUGGUUUGUCGGUGGGUGCAGUGGGUCCUUGCACGCCCAAUCCCGGACUGCACGAGUGGACCGGCCAGGUGUCCGUCCGGAAAAAGCGGAAGCCGUACUCCAAGUUCCAGACUUUGGAGCUGGAGAAGGAGUUCCUUUUCAAUGCAUAUGUGUCCAAGCAGAAGCGCUGGGAGCUGGCCAGGAAUUUGCAGUUGACCGAGCGACAGGUCAAAAUAUGGUUCCAGAAUCGGCGCAUGAAGAACAAGAAGAACUCGCAGCGCCAGGCAAAUCAGCAGAACAACAACAACAACUCGAGCAGCAACCACAACCACUCGCAGGCGACCCAGCAGCACCACAGCAGCCACCACCUGAACCUUAGCCUAAACAUGGGUCACCAUGCCGCCAAGAUGCACCAGUGACCCUUGGACAACAGCAGCGCGGGCGCCAUGGGCUUUGCCACCUACUAGCAGUUAGCCAAUCCGGGUUCGGGCAAUCCGCCCAACUCGAAUCUGAAUCCGAAUCCGAAUAGCAAUCCCAACCCAACCAUGUCCGAUCCGAACCACCAUCAUCUGAUCAAGAACGAGCUGGCCAUGGACUUUCCGUGUUAGCCCAGCGAUAGAGAGUUAAAUGUACAAAAAACACCAGAGAUCUCUAGGAUGCGGGAUAGGAAUAUGUAGCCAGGAGGAGGAACAGGAGGAGGAUCUGGAGAAGCAGCUGCCCAGAAGUGCGCAGGCGUCGCUGAUGUGUGACCAAGCAGCCGACGUUGAUGGAAAUGCAGUUAGUUAUUAAGUCAGUUCUACGGAUUUACGGAGAUCCACAACCCAACACGAUAAUGCAGCUUAGUUCGGUAGUUGAAUAUAGAUACGAGUAAGAUGAAGAAGCAGCAGCAAAAGCAGCAGUUAGCAGAUGCACUUGAAAUUCAAUUCGCAACUGUACGAAAAUAUAUGUAUGUACGUAUUUCUCUCAACGCUCUCAUUAACCUAGGCGAGCACUAUGAAUUUUCCGAACUAUAAAUUAUGAAUAUGAAUAUACUUAAACGUCAGUGAAUAUAACCCCGCAUAAAUUAUGAAUACACGCGUUCGAGUAGUAGAUUUUACCAUAACUAUCCACUUAAGAGCGGCCGGAAGCGGCGGAGAGAAGCAGAGCAGAGCAGAGCACAUUGUAGACCCAGAUAAAUGUUCUUGAAACAAAAGAAAUUGUUUAACAAUUUUCGGACCCCUCACAGAUCCCCGCAAAUGCAAACACACACACUCCGCAGUCUAGGAUAAAUUUUGUCGUGUAAUGUUCGUAAUGUCGUGUCGUGUCCUUUGAUACCUUCUAAGUUCCUGUAUAUAAACUAAGACAUCGCGCUGAUUCCCGGCCGAAGCCAGCACUCGAUAACUAAAUUAAUGCAGAUACUAUAUAUUGCAGAGAUAUUCAAUACUUGUAUGAUAUGAACUCGAAUUCGAUUUUAGCAAAUGGUUAAUCGUAAGUCGCAAAACAAAAAGCAAAUUUAAAUGAGUGUGUGCAUGUUUACUCCAUAGUUGAAGUCGCUUUCGAAUUAAAUUAACUCUAAAACCAAGAAAACAAAAAACAAACCUACUCGUAAAGCUAAAGCAACAAAAACUAAAGAGAAAUACACUUUACUGAAGUAAGCGAGUGUGGAAACGAUGGAGAGAUGGGGAGAUGUCGAGGAGGAGUAAUUAGCAUACCGUAACAGCUACUUAUAUAACUUACACAUAGUACAUAUAGUAAUCGUACAUAUGCAUACAUAUAUUUUCAUGUGUACCGACGCCGCUUGAUCCUGAUAUUAAGUCUAAGUUUAGUUGUGUUGUGUAAUUAUCGAUUUUGUUAAUGUUUUGCCCCGAGCAUUAUAUUAUUAUGCUAAAACCUAUACCUAUACCUACACCUAAACCUACACCUACACCUACGCCUAUCAUUAUAUGUGUAUAAUUAGCCUAUACAUACUUGAUGAAGAAAUGAUUUCACCCACUGCUUUAUUCAUGUUCUUGUAUUAUUAUUAUUUCGAGCCCUCGAUAAGUUGUAGUCUAAAGUCGGUUAUGUUUAUGAUUAUGUUCGAUUAUAGUUUGUUUAGUGAAUUUUAAUCUAGCGUUAGCAAUUCUCUUUUUUAAAAAGUUAAUUAUUGUGAAUAAAAUACAACAAGUUGCAGAAGUGCAAAAAUAUACACACAAUUCAAAAGUAUCCCAAAAUAUUUCGCGGUACCAUGCUAGCCGUAUUACAUUCUUCCACACUUUCUUGAUUCCUUGGUAUCCUUUGAUUUAGUCACACCUGUUUCUUUUUUCCACCCAUUAUUUCGGUAAGUACACCAAAGAGGAGGAGGAUGUUGACACAUCGCAAGCGACCUCUCACCAUCGAAUUUAUUCAUAGACAUCCAGAUACUCGUACUCGUACAGAACGUAAAGCAAAAUACGUAUGUUAUGUACCGCACUUACUCGUAAGCGGAUCAGCUCGUAAUCGCCACUCUCUCAGCCCAAAAAGAAAUCACGAAGCUUUCUGAUCAUCAAACGUACACUUUCUGAAUCAUUUUCUAAUUUCGGAGAAUUUCUGCUUUUCUUUCAUUACGUUUUCUGAGUUUUUUGUUUGAUUUUUUCGCCUCUGGUAUUGUAAUACAGCGCUUAAAUAAAUUUAAACUAGAAUUAAUAGUCUUGUUUCGGCAUAUGUCUUAAGAUUAAAUAAAUUAUUAUGUAACUGUG